AUGCCCACUCUACUACUUGACGGGCCUCAGCGACCCGUUCGAGCGCCUGAAUAUCCCUGCCAGUUCUGUUGGGCAGCCCAGGGCACCUUGCGUUGCUCAGGAUGCAAGACGGCUCGUUACUGCAAGAAGGAGCUCAGUAAAGCGGACUGGCUGCGACACAAAUCUGAAUGCGGGUUCAUCUCGUCCGGCGGCCUGCACCCGCGCAGCAUCAAGUGGCUCUCGGUCAAAGCGAUCUUCUUCCCCGCAGAGGGUGGCGCCCCGCGGCUGGUCGAUGCGCAUUACCGGCUUGCGCCCGACCCGAACUAUCCAUGCAUCAUGAGGCACAUGCCGGAUUGGGGCAUGUGGUUCACGAAUGAUAAGACGCUCUGGCCAGUGACGGUGCAGCGUAUGGGCAGAGACGGUCCGCCGCUCGGUCGCUCGCUGGUCAUCAUGAACGGCGAGAACUCUGCUCUCGACCGCGCGACGCGCAACUUGUGCAUCCAGGGUCUAGGGGUCGAGCGGGAGUGGACGGGGAACUAUCUCGCGUUUAGGACCCGCAAGCCUGACCAAAUUUCCCAGUAUGAGAACGCGCGCAUGGACGAGGAUCUGCCCGCCAUAGUACAGCACUUCAAGGAGGGCGAAGAUCUUGAUAGUGUGGAAAAUAUGCUCGACUGGAGUGCUUUGGGCUACAGCGGGGUGAUCCACUGCUAG